UCCGGACCGGGGCGGCUCCGAACCGGGGCGGCUCCGAAGUUGGCCGGGCGGAGCGGAGAUUUAAAGGUCGGGGCGCAGAGGGGCCCUUAAAGGGGCCGCGUGAAUUCCCAGUCUGCGUCCGCGGUAAAGCCUGCUCCGCGGUCCCGCGACUCCGCGGCUCGGACCCGGGUCUGACCCACGGGAGACAUGGCCACCAGCGCCGUCCCCAGCGACAACCUGCCCACCUACAAGCUGGUGGUGGUGGGGGACGGGGGCGUGGGCAAGAGUGCCCUCACCAUCCAGUUCUUCCAGAAGAUCUUUGUGCCUGACUACGACCCCACCAUCGAGGACUCCUACCUGAAGCACACUGAGAUUGACAGCCAGUGGGCCAUCUUGGACGUCCUGGACACGGCCGGGCAGGAGGAGUUCAGCGCCAUGCGGGAGCAGUACAUGCGCACGGGCGACGGCUUCCUCAUCGUCUUCUCGGUCACGGACAAGGCCAGCUUCGAGCACGUGGACCGCUUCCACCAGCUCAUCCUGCGCGUCAAGGACAGGGAGUCGUUCCCCAUGAUCCUCGUGGCCAACAAGGUGGACUUGAUGCAUCUGAGGAAAAUCACCAGGGAGCAAGGAAAGGAAAUGGCGACCAAACACAAUAUCCCGUACAUAGAAACCAGCGCCAAGGACCCGCCUCUCAACGUGGACAAAGCCUUCCACGACCUGGUCAGAGUGAUCAGGCAACAGAUUCCAGAAAAGAGCCAGAGGAAGAAGAAGAAAACCAAAUGGCGCGGAGACCGGGCCACUGGUACCCACAAACUUCAGUGUGUGGUGUUGUGAUGGGCCUGGGGCCCUGGGCACAGUCACCGUGAACUGGCCAGCCCUCGGGACCCCUCCGCUGCCUGACCUCACCGGGAACUGUUUCUAACCAUCACCCUUGACCCGAGGACUGGGCACAGGAAGGGAGACAGGGAGGGUGGGCAGGGAGGAAGGGGGGCCCGGCUUCCUCCAAAGGGCACAGCUUCGUGUCUCAGAAGACACAGCCUCCGAGCCCCGCCUGUGACUCAGCCGGCACCUCCCAUCUCCUGGCGGCUGUGUUGUUUCUUUGAACUACGAGGUGUGGGUUCGAGGUGGACGUUUACCCACCCCGUACAGCGUACGGAACAAGCCAUGGCCCAGCUCCCCUCUUGUCUCCAGCCCUCCGUGUCUGAGCUUGGGCGUCUUUUAUAGGUUUUUAAAUUAUUUUCGUGAUCA